GUCUGGCUUUAAGACAUGUGAUACAGUUUUUACACUCAGCCAAGCUGCAUGGGAACAUUUGUCUCUCAGCGCUCGCUGAGUGAGGAGGGAAUCAGCGAGAGCCGCUGCUCGGAGGCUGCCUCUCACUGGAAGGAUGCGGACGAUGAAAAAAAAGAUUCCAAUACAGUUAAUUAAGGAGCGCUCCGCACGUGCUUUUAAGAUGCGUGGGCGUAAAUGAAUUCAGAGUCACUGGGGCCAGCUCCUCAAGGUGAAGAACUGAAAAAGCUUCAAUUUUUUCCCUUUUUUCUGACUCUGGCUUCACGGUUAUUUCUGAAUCACUGGACUGUUGCUAUCAAAGUGUGGAGCACGGAGGUAGAGUCAGUGGAGUUCCCUCCUCCAGCCCAGUUCAGAGUUCCUGGAUGGGAUCACCAUAAUCAGAAAAAUGGAUGGAUUUAUGGCAUAUUGUUGAGAUAUUUGCACACUGUUUGUUGGGUUGCUCAGCAGAUGUGUCCUGUCAUGUCCUGGCUGCUCUGCCUGUGCCUCUGGGUCAGUGUAACGGCCAUCCAGCUGUGUCAGGCCACCUUCUACGACACCAUCCCGCAGCAUCCUGGGACAAGGCCCGGGCGGACCACCAUUCACAUGAUUGAGGGCGGCACGUGUGAAGUAAUAGCUGCUCACAGAUGUUGUAACAAGAACAGAAUCGAGGAGCGGUCGCAGACGGUGAAGUGCUCCUGUCUGCCCGGGAAGGUAGCCGGAACCACAAGAAAUAGACCCUCAUGUGUGGACGCAUCCAUAGUAAUUGGGAAGUGGUGGUGUGAGAUGGAGCCUUGCCUGGAGGGGGAGGAAUGCAAGACGCUUCCUGACAACUCAGGCUGGAUGUGCUACGCCGGAAACAAGAUCAAAACCACAAGGAACACUCAGCCAUACACAACGUCGACGUAUUAACAUUUGGUUGGAGAGGAUGCAAGGGAAUACCUCUGGUUCAAAGCACUGUCAUUGGACCAAUUAUCACAAGAGACAAUGAAUCUAUUGUUGCUUCAAGAAAUGUGAACACUUUCAAAUCAGAGUGUCAAAAAGAUGUAGAAUACAUAAAGCACAUCUUGCUUGAGGCUCCUGAAAAUACCGACGCUCCAGGCAGCCUGAGAGGAACUUCAUCACAACCCUCUAAUGAAUCUAUUUUAAUCUUUUUUUUUUUUUUUUUUUGCAACUUUGACAUGGAAGACGGCUGUCUCUGCAUUUGGAGAAAUAUUUUGGGAGUGACUGCUUAGUGAGACGGAUGUCUGCGGCAAAAUACCCAUAACAGCAGAGAAAGAUAUCAAAGGACAUGGAAGGAGUAAAUGUAGAACUUGACAGCCCUCAGGACUUUUUUUUCUCUUUUUUUUAAUAUUGUGGAGUGUAAAAUAUUGUGCAUAAAUUGUUUGUCUUUUCCAGUGUACAUGAAAACUUAAUUUGUGCAGUUGGUAAAUCUUCCCUCUUUCUCUUACAGGAAAAAUCCAAAACAGCCAAAGGUUGAUGAAACCGAGUAUAUGAUGUGAAAAUGAAACAAAUGCAUUCUGAAAGAGAUGUUUGUUUGUCUUGACACAUUUUACCAUUAGUGUGUGGGCUACUUGUAUGCCUUUCAUCACCUCCUAAAUGGCUUUACAAAUUGAACUAGCGACCAUUUGCCCUGGAACUGAUGAACCCAACAGAGAUGUGCAAUCAGUGGGUUGUUUUCAAUACUUGAAAUGCCUUAUUUAUGUUAAAUGGUUCAACUGAUGAUUCUGUACAUAUGAAACCAUUUAUUGAUACAUGCUGAAAACCAUUAAAAUUGUUGUUCCUGUAA